CCAAAUGGGCUCGAGGAGUGGGUGGGCAGCGCAUACCUGUUUGUGGAGUCCUCGCUGGAUAAAGUGGUCCUGUCUGAUGCCUACGCUCACCCCCAGCAGAAGGUGGCGGUGUACAGGGCUCUGCGGACUGCACUGGCAGCACUCCUUGCCCAAGACCCCUCCCUAGUACCUACCUUUCCGGGGAGCCCCCCUUUCCCUUCUCGGGGCAGAGGCCACAGGAAGCUGAAGCCGUUUGGGGGAUCCGCUUCCUUCCCGGGCAGUGGGAGCCACAGUUGGUGGAGACUGAAGACCUGAGACCUCUCCCUCCACUGUCCUGCCGGGUGCCCACCCAGAAGGCUUGGCUGCCCUGGGCAUACGCCCCUCUCUGUGCUGCAAAGCCUCUCCCAUUGUCCCUUUUGCCCACCCUCAUUUGAGGCUUCAACGAUGGGGCUGGGGUGGCACCCAUUCCGUCUUACGGUGCUCCCUGUGAUUGGUUCUGGCUUUCAUUUUGGGUUGUUGCUGUGUGCAUGCCAGUUUUGUUUCCCAGCUGGGAGCUAGGAACAGGGAGGGAGUCUGCGCGGGCUUCGCCCCACUACGGUCGCUUGGAGAACGGCCCCGCAUGGGGACCGCCUGUCGCCUGACUGUCCGCCUCCGCAGAGAGUGUUGGGAGUCCGGAGGUGCUGCAGAUGCUCAAGAUCCACCGCAGUGAACCGCAGCUGAUUGUGCAGGUGCGUUUCUGCGGACGCCAGCCCUGCAGCCGCUUUCUGCGCGCUUAUCGCGAGGGGGCGCUGCGCGCCGCGCUGCAAGGGUGCUUGGCAGCAGCCCUCGCCCAGCAUUCGGUGCCGUUGGAACUGGAGCUGCGCGCUGGCGUGGAGCGACUGGAUACCUUGCUGACGGAUGAAGAGCGCUGUUUGAGUUGCAUCUUCGCCCAGAAGCCUGACCGGCUCCGGGACGACGAGCUCUCUGAGUUAGAGGAUGCGCUCCGGAAUCUGACAUGCGGCUCAGGGGGCCAGGGUAGCGACGUGGAGGUCGCUCCGGUGCCCUCGCAGUCCCUGGAUGCCUCUCUCUCAGACGAGAAGCCGCCGCCGCCGCCAUCUGGCCAGACUUUUCUGUUCCAGGGUCAGCCCAUAGUGAACCGGCCGCUGAGCCUGCAGGACCAACAGACGUUCGCGCGCUCAGUAGGCCUCAAGUGGCGCAAAGUGGGGCGCUCCUUGCAGCGAGGCUGUCGUGCGCUGCGGGACCCGGCGCUCGACUCACUGGCCUAUGAGUACGAGCGCGACGGGCUGUACGAGCAGGCCUUCCAGCUGCUGCGGCGCUUCGUGCAGGCCGAGGGUCGCCGCGCCACGCUGCAGCGUCUGGUAGAGGCACUAGAGGAGAACGAGCUCACCAGCCUGGCAGAGGACUUGCUGGGCCUGGCGAAUCCCGAUGGCGGCCUGGCGUAGGUUGGGUACCAGAGAAAGGGACGAACGGCCAGUUGUCCAGCCCAGGUUUGGAGCACUUGGAUGACCCUAGAGUCCCUUCUGCUGCUACUGCUGAGCUCUGUCCAUCCAUGGGACUCUGAGACCACACUUAUAACCCCACUUAGCCGAACUGUUGGAGCUGCUGGGCAGUGUUGAUUGCCUUCUUCAAGAGUUGGGCAAGCACCCACCAUGCCUACUGGGGUGCCACUGGGGAUUUGGCUCCAGAUACUAUGACACAGACAGAGUGCAUGGGUGACCUGCUGCAGCAGUCUGCCCACCCCAAAUGAAGGGCUUCUGGCCAGCCCUUACCUCUUCACUCACUGAACAGGUAACUGCUCAUUAAGCACUUGCUGUGUCCUAGUUAUCAUCCUGGUGCUGUAAAUACUGUGGUGAACAAGAUACAUGAAACUGCCUGGCCCCAGUUCAUACUCAGUGUCGGACUGCAGAUAUUAAGCAACUGUAAUAAAUGUGAAAAAUA